GAGUGCGAUUGCAAGCAGACCAUAAAGAAAUGGAGGAGAUGCUCUUAAACAUGGAGAGUCAAGUGAAGUCUGCAGAGGUCAGGUUGACCACAAUGGUUGCGGGAGAGAAGUUUGACAACAUGAAGAACCUUCUUACCAAUGCUGUUGACGAGAAGGAGCUGCAGCUGGCUGAAUUAAGGGAAGAUUAUGACCGUGUCCUGGAAGAAGUGGCAGAGCUCCAUCGUGCGAUGGACGACCGGCAAUCCGUUCCCCUUCAAGAGCACGGGCGAGUGCGGGUUGCUCUAGAAGAGCAAAACUCAACCCUAAAGAAAAAACUUGCUGACGUGACUUCAAAGUGUCAGUCGUUAAUUUGUGAAGUGGAGGAAGGUGAAGACGAGAGAGAGCUGCUCAGAGAGGAGCUGCAAGUACUCAGCAACAAUCUGAAGACCAAGUUUGUGACCUUGGAAAACCACGAGGAUGUGAAAAGGUCUAUGGGACUCGCUGUAGAGGAGUUGAGGGUUAGAUUAACAGAGGAGACAGAGAAGAACAAACAGACUGAGGAGCAGCUAAGGAAGCUGCAGGAGGAGAAAACCUCUCUUUGUGAGAACAUUACUAACUUGAGGAGCAUGUACAUACCUUGUGAACGCUAUGAGAGUGAGAUGGCUGUACUCACAGAACGCAACACAGAACUAGAAGGAGUUUUUAAUAGCCUACAAGAUCAAUACCAGGAGAAAGUCGGUGAACUUGAGAUUUUGGCAGCUGAAAAGGCAACACUAAAGCAGAGCUUUGACACCAAGUUUGUCACAAAGGAGGAGUACGAGAGAAUGCAGACAGAGCUGGAGGAGGCUUUGGAGAAAGCUAAGAUUGAAAUUGCAAAGUUGGAAGACGAUUGUAGAGUUCGAGAUGAGGAGUUACAGCAGGCAAAAGAAGGAAAUGUUAUGUUGAAAGAAGAGUUUGAGAAGGUGCAGGCCAAGUUGGACAAUGAAUAUGUCAGUCUUGUGGAACAUGAGGUGUUGAAAAGCACCAUGAGCAAAGCUUUAUCAGAAGCAGAGGAAAGAGCUCAAGAUGCCUUCUCAAAGUACCAGUCUGCUCAAGAAAGUGAAUCAAAGCUCCACAAGGAAAUCGAAGCACAGAAGAAAGAGCUGGACACUAUUCAAGAGGCACUGCAGUUAAAGUUUGUGCCAGUGACCACUCUGGAAGAAAAAGAAAUGGAGUUCAACACCACUUUAAAGGAUUUGGAAGAUAAACUUACCAAUGUUCAGGAGAUGUACAAUAACGAAAAGACUGUAGGGAAAAGCCAAAGGCAAGAGAAUGAAAAAAUGAAAGAUGAAAUCGAGUCGUUGCAGCAGAAAAUACAUACAGGGCUUGUGUCUGGCGAGAAGCACAAAGAAGUGGAGGAUCACUUCAAGGGUCAGGUUGAGGAGCUGAGUCUGAAAUUGGUGGAGUUGGAACAGCAAUAUAAAGAGGUUACAAUUCAGAGGGCCGAACUUGAAGAGCAAAAUGCAUUGUGCACUUCUGAGAUACAGAGUCUUCAGCAGAAACUCAAUAGUGAGUUUAUCCACCUUGAGCAGUUUCAGGCCAUGCAGAGUUCUCUGAAUGGAAGCCUGCAGGAGGCGCAAAAGGAGUGCAAGAGCUUAAGUGAAGCUCACAGACUGGAGGUCCAGCGUGUUCAUGAAAUCGAGAAACAACUUCAGAGUCAGAGCUGUGAAGAGGCCCAGUUUAGCCAGGUUAAAGACGCUCUAGAGCGUGAGGUCAAUGAGCUCCGCUUGGCCCUUCGGGAGGAGGAGGAAACCAGUGCGCAGAGGGCUGAAGACGUUUCCACUCUGCAGACUGAGCUCCUCAGAGCCACACACGCUCUGGAUGACCUCCGUAGCCACGAAGAGCAGGUGACAGAGCUGAAAGCUGAAAAGCAAAGGUUGGAGGAGAAGGUGCGCGAACUUGGGGAUCGGCUGUCAGGUCUGGAUGAGCAGUAUGAGGAUCUGUACAGGGAAACAACCCAGGCUAGAGAGGGUGAAAAGAGGGCAAUAGCAGAAACCGAGGCCCUGCAAGUCAAGAGCGCCUCUAUUGAGAAGGAAAUCCGAGAUCUGAAAGAGAGAUACGAGGAAUCCCUCAGCACCAUUGGAGAACUGCAGAAAAGGAUUCAGGCAUCCUCUGAGCAGACUGAAGUUAAAGACAAAAGGAUCACAGAGCUGUUGGCAGAUGUUGAAAGGCUGAAACAGGCUCUGAAUGGCUUAUCCCAGCUGGCUUAUUCUGGCAAUACGCCCAACAAGAGACAGACUCAACACAUUGACACUCUCCAAGCCCAGGUCAAGAGCCUCCAGCAGCAGCUGGCUGACGCUGAGAGGCAACAUAGAGAAGUGGUUUAUUAUCGAACUCAUCUUCUCAGUGCAGCACAGGGUCACAUGGAUGAAGACGUCCAAGCUGCCUUAUUGCAGAUCAUUCGAAUGAGACAAGGUUUUGUGUGUUGAAGUCAACACACUGAGACUACACUGACUCCAAUUCAUCAUUCACACAGUAACCUCCCAUUCAGCUCAGUGCAGUUUGAUACUGCUCUGGAUAUCUUCAGUCAUAUUCUUCUGGUUGGGUUCGGUAGUGUUUGCAUUAACAAUUUGAAUCUGUAAUGUAGAUUAUAGCUAAACCUAUCCAAAAGCACAUAUACUAUAAACAUGCAAGACAUUGAUAAUGAUUUAAUCUUGAAUAAGCACAGUGGCUUAAAUAUGUAUGCCAUUGCUACAUGCUUUAGAGUCAAUGAGAAGUAUGGGAUGCUGAAAAGAUGUUAACUGCACACUAACAGUGAUUGAGUCUCAUGUACCUCUUUAUUCAUGUUGAAAUAACUUAACUACAGUUUAAAGAACAUUCCCUCCCUCCACUUUUAUAGCCUUCUUCU